AUGGCGACAGAAAGGGACCUCGAAAAGGGUCCGGUCCCAGACAAUGGCACCAUGACGACCGAAUCGACUGCAUACCACUCAGACCACGAGAAGGCGGAUGCCGAGUUCAAGAUAGCGGAGGGCGCAACUGGAGAACCCGACUUGGAACAUGAACAGGUAGAAUCGAUGGAUGCCGGGCAUAUGACUGACCUCGCAAUGUCGCGGACCAUAGAAUCCAUCAAAGCCGGCAAGAAGAAUGUGGGAGAUGACUCCGAGGUCCGUCGCGUGGAGACCAAGAACAGCCUCCGGAGUACGAAGAGCAGAAUGAGCCGAAUAGCUACCGCCCUCACCAACCGAAGCAAGAAAGAAAGACUUCCCCCUCAGGUUUUACCGCUCAUGGACCUCGAUAGAGGCAUCGUGGGCUGGGAAUCGCAGGAUGAUCCCGAGAUGCCUCUGAAUUUCCAAGAGUCAAGGAAGUGGAUGCUCAUCGGGUUGCUUGCAAGCAUCACAUUCAUCUCGCCUCUGGCCUCCUCCAUGUUUGCACCGGGUGUCAUAUUCAUGGAUAUAGAUUUCCAUAAUACUUCGACGAUUUUGACUUCGUUGACUGUGAGCAUCUUCAUUUUGGGAUAUGCAGUUGGCCCAUUGCUUCUUGCACCCCUUUCUGAGAUCUACGGACGUCGGCUCAUCUUAACAUGCGCCAACGCCUUCUUCUGCGUCUGGCAAAUCGGCUGUGCCCUCGCGCCCAACCUUGCUAGCCUCAUCGUCUUCCGCUUCCUAGCAGGCAUCGGCGGAUCUGGUUGUAUCACCAUCGGCGGAGGCGUGAUCGCAGAUAUAUUCGCCCCUGAUCGCAGAGGAGUAGCCAGCUCGAUUUAUUCCAUCGGGCCCCUCUUCGGCCCCGUCAUAGGGCCAAUCUGCGGAGGUUUCAUCGCCCAGAGGAUCGGCUGGAGAUGGGUAUUCUGGAUCCUCCUGAUCGUCGGCACUCUCCUCACCAUCGGCAUCGAAUUGCUGAACCGCGAGACCAACCCCAAGGUCCUCAUCCACCGCAAGGUACAGCGUCUCCAAAAGGAACUCAACCGCACCGAUCUCAUAAGCUGCUACGACGAGGGUCAACCCAUCCAUAGCCCAACGCACAUCCUAAUCAACGGGAUGGUGCGGCCCUUGAAAAUGCUAUUCCGCUCCCCAAUCAUGUUUCUCCUCUCAUUAUACAUGGCCGUUGUCUACGGGCUCCUCUACCUUCUCUUCACAACCAUCACCGCCGUCUUUAUCAAACAAUACCAUUGGCAGCCAGAACUCACCGGUCUAGCAUACAUCGGUAUCGGUAUCGGUUUCUUGACCGGUGUAAGUCUCGUCGCCAAGAUAUCCGACCCGACAAUUAUCCGCAUGACGAAGGCCAACAACGGUGUUUUCGAGCCCGAAAUGCGAUUAAGCACCUGUCUAUUCUUCGCAUGCUUCAUCCCCAUCUCAUUCUUCUGGUAUGGCUGGGCCGCCGAGAAAGCCGUUCACUGGAUCGUCCCCAUCAUCGGCCUAAUACCCUUCGGCUUCGGCAUGAUGGGAAUCUUCAUCCCCAUCCAAACCUACACCAUUGACUCCUUCCCGGCCUACGCUGCCUCCGCCAUCGCAGCUCUAACUGUCUCCCGCUCCCUUCUCGGCGCAUUCCUGCCCCUCGCCGGACCAUACAUGUACGACAGUCUAGGCUACGGAUGGGGGAACAGCGUGUUGGGGUUCAUCGCCAUUGGACUGAUUCCCUGCCCUGCGCUUAUCUACAAGUUCGGCGGAAAAAUCCGGAAGGAGCAUCCUAUUAAGCUUUAG